AAUAUAUCUUUGGUUUUAGAACUUGUAAACUCAUUCUAAAGCCAUUCUAAAGCCAUUCUAAAGCCAUGAAGAAGAUCGAGUUAGGGCACCAUAACGAGGCGGCUAAGCCGGACUGUAUCAAAGCCCUCAUUGUUGAAUUUAUCACCACCUUUCUCUUUGUCUUCGCCGGAGUCGGAUCUGCCAUGGCCACCGAUAGUCUAGUCGGAAACACAUUGGUUGGACUUUUCGCGGUCGCGGUGGCUCAUGCAUUUGUUGUGGCUGUAAUGAUAUCUGCCGGUCACAUCUCCGGUGGCCAUCUCAACCCUGCCGUCACCCUUGGCCUACUUUUGGGUGGCCAUAUUAGUGUCUUCCGUGCAUUCCUCUAUUGGAUUGAUCAGUUGUUGGCUUCCUCUGCAGCCUGCUUCCUCCUCAGUUACCUCACCGGUGGAAUGGCAACUCCGGUUCACACAUUAGCGAGUGGAAUGAGCUACACUCAAGGGAUCAUAUGGGAGAUCAUCUUAACAUUUUCACUUCUCUUCACUGUCUACGCAACUAUGGUUGAUCCCAAGAAGGGAUCUCUUGAUGGGUUAGGUCCACUUCUCACAGGAUUCGUCGUGGGAGCCAACAUCCUUGCGGGUGGCGCCUUUUCUGGCGCCUCGAUGAACCCCGCCCGGUCUUUUGGUCCGGCAUUGGUCUCUGGAAACUGGACUGACCAUUGGGUAUAUUGGGUUGGACCGUUGAUUGGCGGUGGACUUGCCGGUUUCAUCUACGAGAACGUCCUCAUCGACCGUCCAAAUGUCCCAAUCGCUGACGAUGAGCAACCAUUGUUGGAGUAAAUGUGAUUUUAAUAAUGUAUGCACGUUACAGACCUUUAAGAUGUUUAAUUUGAUCGUCACAACUCCUUUUUCUUUUUGUUCUUUAAGAUGUAUUGAAGAUGUUGUGUUGACUGGUUUUAUAAGGCGCUUGUAUUAAACAACUCAAUCAUCAAGGGAGAGAUUGAAGAUGUUGUGUUGACUGGUUUUAUAAGGCGCUUGGAUUAUAAAACUCAAUCAUCACAACAUCCUCAAUCUCUCCCUUGAUGAUUGAGUUGUUUAAUCCAAACGCCUUAUAAAACCAGUCAAUACAACAAUCUUCAAUACAUCUUAAAGAUUUCGAUUUCA